AUGCUGAUCGAUGGGAAAGUGCAUCUGCUGAGGUUGUACGUGCGGGACCUCUCUCGAAUUGUGAAAAUCGAAUUGUGGUGUGUUUCUGCGGAAAGUGGAGGAGGGGCUGUCUGGAGCGCAUUGUGGUCCCGAGCCCUGACUGCAAGAUUAUCAAGGACUGACUACGGAAAAAUAGGUCUUACCCCACCUUCUCCGCAACAUCCCCACGGCCCAGCCACUCCCCCACAUCAGUGCACUGCAGAUCGUCAAGCCGGCACGCUGUUUACGGUCAAGACCAAGCGAGUUCAAUUGCCAGAUCAUGUUUCGGCUGAUGCUUCCGUUGCCGAUGGGUUGUAUAAACCAUUCUUGAAAGACCUCAUUGUAUACAGCACAUACGAAAUAGAAAUGUUUCUCAACAGGCGCUCUCUCUUUGUUUGGUGCCUCGCGACCUUGCUGGAAGCAGAGGCUGCCACCUUGAAAUCUCGACCAAAUCCGAUCGCACUUUCAGAGUCUGCUCCAAGUAAUGCUGGUAUUCCUUUGGACUCAUUUGUGUCCUUUUCUUUUGAGUUGUCGUCAUGGCCUGACUUUGCUGGAAACCUCUCGCAUCCAAACGAGUUCUCGUACAAUCUCUUGAACAAUCUCGAUAGACUCCAAGGCUCUUUCCCCAUUGCUCGAGUUGGAGGUAAUACUCAAGACAUUGCAAUCUUUGAUGAGAACCAAAAGACUGGUCUUGUGGGUGUAGUUCGACCAAACAUCUCAGCCGAUUACCCAACCAUCAUCACCAUUGGCCCUUCCUUCUUCGAAUCCUACAAGACCAUGCCAAAGGGGACGAAAUACGUCCAUGGCUUCAACCUGGGUGCCAAUUCUUCUGCAGCCAGAGCCGCGACUUAUGCUUCUGCUCCUUAUGCUUGCAGAGCAAUUGGUGAUGACCUUGCGUACUGGGAAUAUGGCAAUGAGCCCGAUCUCUUCCACGCUUCUGGCUACCGUCCUCUAAACUACACGGAAGCUCAGUAUGUCGAGGAGUGGCUGAAUGGCACGACGCAGAUUGAGCGAGCUGUCAAAGAAGCCUGCCCUCAGCUUGCAGGCACCAAAUUUAUGGCUCCUAGUUUCGCUGGUGUUGGACCUGCCAAUGCAUACUUCACCCUUGACCCUCUCAAAGCCUUUGAAGCAGACCUCAACGCAGACAAAGAUAUCGGAUUGAUUUCUGCCCACAACUACAUGGGUGUCUCCACGGACCCUGGUAUCACUCUCCAAGGCACUCUGAUGAAUCACACAAAUGUCAUUGCAAAAGCUGCUGGUCACCUCAAUCUUUCGAGUAACAUUGCAGCUCUUGGAGGUGACUUGGCUCCUGACGCACCAUACAUCCUCGGCGAACACAACUCCCUUGCUAGACAGGGACGUCCUGGUUUAAGUAACAGUUUUGGCGCUGCGCUGUGGGGUGUAGAUUGGAACGUCUAUCUCGCAUCUCAAAACAUUUCUCGCUCUCACAUGCAUCAGGGAACUAAUUAUCGUUACCAAUCCUGGCAACCCAUCCAAACAAACAUCACCACAAUCGGUACAAAACCCCCUUAUUAUGGCAACUUAGCCGUAGCAGCCAUGAUGAAUAAACCCCACCCCGCCGCCUCUCUCAAGAUAACCCAUCUCAAUGCUUCCUCGGCAAAUACCUCAUUCUACACUGCUCACAUCGAUAACUCUCUGUCACGUAUCCUCAUCGUCUCACUUCAAACCUACAACACCACGGCGAACAAUUACACAACACUCUUUGCUCGCCCGGUCGAGAGCUAUGAAUUUUCUCUUCCGAGUGGAUGUAAAGGUGGUGUGGUGCAGAGGUUGUUGGCUAAUGGUAGUGAUGCUCUGAGUGGGAUCACUUGGGAUGGAAAUAGUUAUAAUUAUGAAUUGAAUAUGGGAAAGGCUGUGAGGUUGCAUAAUGUUACUAGGGGAGAGGGGGUGAAAGUCGAUGGGCAGGGGAUUGUCAAGGUGGAGGUUCCAUGGAGUAGUGCUGCUAUUGUGUCAGUGGACUGCUAUUGA